ACAUUGCUCCGUAUCAUGGCCCACGUGAGACACUUUAGGACGUUAGUUUCUGGAUUUUACUUCUGGGAAGCCGCAUUGUUACUCAGUUUGGUUGCCACUAAAGAAACCAAUAGUGCAAGAUCUCGAAGUGCUCCAAUGUCACCCUCUGACUUCCUGGAUAAAUUAAUGGGGAGGACCUCAGGGUAUGAUGCCAGAAUCAGACCGAAUUUUAAAGGUCCUCCAGUUAACGUCACAUGCAACAUCUUCAUAAACAGCUUCGGCUCCAUCGCAGAGGCUACCAUGGAUUACAGAGUGAAUAUUUUUCUUCGUCAGAAAUGGAAUGACCCUCGACUGGCAUACAGCGAAUACCCUGAUGACUCUUUAGAUCUUGACCCAUCCAUGUUGGACUCCAUUUGGAAACCUGACUUGUUCUUUGCCAACGAAAAGGGUGCCAACUUUCAUGAAGUCACUACGGACAACAAACUGCUAAGAAUUUUCAAAAAUGGAAAUGUGCUUUAUUCCAUAAGGUUAACAUUAACACUUUCCUGUCCAAUGGAUCUCAAGAAUUUUCCAAUGGAUGUACAAACAUGCAUUAUGCAACUGGAAAGUUUUGGGUACACAAUGAAUGAUCUCAUUUUUGAAUGGCAAGAUGAAGCACCCGUACAGGUUGCAGAAGGACUCACUUUGCCCCAAUUUCUGUUGAAAGAAGAAAAAGAUUUACGAUACUGCACUAAACAUUAUAAUACAGGAAAGUUCACAUGUAUAGAAGUGCGAUUCCAUCUGGAACGACAGAUGGGUUACUACCUCAUCCAGAUGUACAUUCCAAGUCUCCUGAUUGUCAUUCUAUCCUGGGUUUCCUUCUGGAUCAACAUGGACGCAGCCCCAGCCAGGGUGGCUUUGGGAAUAACCACCGUGCUGACCAUGACCACCCAGAGUUCAGGAUCACGGGCUUCCUUACCAAAGGUUUCCUAUGUCAAAGCUAUCGACAUCUGGAUGGCAGUUUGCCUCCUUUUCGUGUUUUCAGCACUUCUGGAAUAUGCAGCUGUGAACUUUGUCUCAAGGCAGCACAAAGAGCUCCUGCGAUUUCGACGCAAGAGAAAAAAUAAGACAGAAGCUUUUGCAUUGGAGAAGUUUUACCGUUUCUCAGACACGGAUGAUGAGGUAAGGGAAAGUCGAUUCAGCUUUGCAGCCUAUGGAAUGGGACCGUGUCUGCAAGCAAAAGACGGUAUAACUGCAAAGGGCCCAAACCAUCCUGCCCAGGUAAUGCCAAAAAGCCCCGAUGAAAUGAGGAAGGUCUUUAUCGACCGAGCCAAGAAGAUAGACACCAUCUCCAGAGCCUGCUUCCCAUUAGCUUUCCUGAUUUUUAACAUUUUCUACUGGGUUAUCUAUAAGAUCCUUAGGCAUGAAGAUAUUCAUCAGCAACAAGAUUAAACCUCUGAGGACACACA